AUGCUCAGCACGACGAGCCCAUCACCAACCAACAGUAACUACGACUUUGCGCUGCGCCAUGAGCGGGUGAAGCUGAUCUCAAGGGCGCUGAAGCAGUUCGGCGCGCACAUCACCCGCACGACGCAGGCGAUGCGCGAGGUGGCCAGUUGCCUCUCGCUCGUUGGCCAGAGCUAUCAUGAAGUCGCGCAGUGCGUCAACAACACGAACCCGCACAGCAGGGUGGACCAGGACGGCUACAUCUCCUUUAAUAGGCAGCUUGUCGAGAGCUACGGGGUCAGCUUGCAGAACGCGGCCACGCUCUUCUCCGCUGAGAUGAUGAACAUCAAGAAUGGCGAGCAGUUCUUGUCUUAUAAUAAAUCGGUGCAUCGAACGGUGAUGGCGCGGCUGCACGAUGUGCUGAAGAUGGCACAAAGGACAUGCGACCUCGGCGAUGAUGUGAAGGCGGAGCUCAAGAAGACCGUCUCCUGGCGGAAGAUCGUUAGUCGAAAAGAGGCGAAGUACAUCCGCAAGGGUCGGUCCUUGACGGAGAGCAAGCUCUACGUGAAGCAGUCGGAGAAGAUGCGGAAGCACGACGAAGCCUACGAGGCGAAACUGCGAGCCUUUGACACCGAGUACGAGUCGCUCAUGCAACGCCAGCUGUACGUGGCGGGCCACACGAUGGACGACUUCCUGGACAUGAACACAGUGUACAUGUCGCACAUUCUGAAGGUGCUCGGCUGCCUAGCUCCGAACGGCGCGGAGGCCAUCCAGAAGAUGCUGGACAGCGGCGAGAAACUCAGCGAUCUCCUGGGCAUCGCCCCGGAGGAUCAGCUUGGCUGUCGACUGAGGACGCAAAACGCCGACAUGCUCAAUAGCAGCAAUGUAACACCGCUGAAGAGAGGUGUCGGCACCACGCCUGGCAAGGGUACCCCUGGCAAGUCCAGCUGGUGCGGCUCCUCGCACAACUUUACUAGCUACUACCAGAACCGCCGCCAAGCGGCCCUGUCUGUCGAGGUCGCACCGCCGACGGCGCGCGCACUUGACGGGGACAGCGGCGGGAGCAGUGAGCCCUACCACACACUCGGUGGAACGCCGCAGCGGCAGCUCAUCUCCAACCAGACGCCGUUGAAGACCGCAUACAGCAGCGCAAAACUCUGCAGAGCAGCAAGUCGCUCGUACUCGGCAGCGGAGCCGGUUGCGCCGUCGCCACUGCAGUAUCCGUCCUUUCCUGCUGCCGUGAGACGCGUCGAUGCUGCGCCGGUGCCGUACGUCAAACAGCUCGCCAUCGGUCUCCACGCUUCAUGUGAGGCGUCAGGCACGACCACAGACGCCGCAAAACAGGCCUGUCCAGCGGGGCAUGCAGCACCAGCCGCAUGGGUGGUAGAGACUGGUGGCCGCCGAGGUAGUGUUCGUGAUGCGACCAACGCGCGGACAACGUGCGAACUUAGCCGCGGUGACGCACAAUUCGGCGAUGGCAACACGGCGGCCGGUGCACCGCCUGCAGCUUACCUUGCCUCAGCGCCGCCGCCAGCCCAGUACAGCGAGGAGAGGCCCGCUGCUCAGGCGGCCAUGCUCGAACUCGACCGGGCACGAUCCGCGGAGCCUUUUGACGAUCAACUCGUCGCCGACUCCUGCCGGCGCACAUCGGUGCUGUCUCUGAAGCCCAUCGCGUUGUUCCCUCUUGACAUGGGUGAGGGCAGCAUCUCACGGAAAGUGACGCCGCGCAUGUCCACGGCGACGACCGCCGCUGCGACUGCCUCGAAGCAGCAGCGCUCACGCUGCGACCGGAAGAAGCGCAAAACUACCAAAGCUGCUGGUGCUGUUGCUGCAAGAGGAGAGGUGCCGCUGCCGGGCACCCCCUCUGCUCCGCCGGACGAGGACACCAUGUCGAGGAGCCCGAGCACGCAUUCUCAGGAGGCGUUGGAGGGCAGCAUUCACGGCUAUCAUGCCGCACAUGGCCAUUGCCCGCCGCCACAGCAGCUACACGGCUCGAGGCAACAUCCUCAGCGCGACACUGCACCCGCCAGCUUGGCACACUUCCAGAUGGAACUGACAGGCUGCAGCGGGGAUGCUCCGUACCAAUGGCGCAGCGACGGCCUCUGUUCCGAGGCCGGUGGGGUGUCGGGGCGCUCGCACCAUUUGUCUACCAGCUACGGGCAGGACAGCCCCACGCCAACACCGCAGCCGUUUGCGGUAGGCACGUAUGCAUGGGAGGACUCACAAGUGCAGCCCUGCAGCCCCGCGUAA